UGCAAGGAAGGCAAAAGGGAGUUGCUUGGGAGGGAACUGGUUCCACCACUCCUCUGCCUCUGGAAUCUUUCAUCAUAACUCAGGGCCAGGCAGGCUUUUGCAAUGCAGGAGCCCCACUCACUCUAUCGGCUCUAGAGUGCACCUCCUUGUGCCAAAGGGCAGCCCAGGAGAGCCCAGAUGUCUGGGACCUGUGACCAAGGCCCAGAGCAAAGUGUCCACUGGCAGAGCUGAGGAUCAGGGCCAGGGUCUGGGAGCAGGAUUGCCUCCACUGGGAAUAUGGUGCUGAGAUUUCCUGGCAUGAACGCAAAGCUUUCCUGGGAGUUCCUGCUCCUGCUCUGGGCUUCUCUACCUCAUGGGUUCCCUGGUAAAGAAGAUAUCAGCCAGCAGAAGGAUGCAAGUGGAAGAAGAGCCAAAAGGGUGAAUCUCCUUGACACAAGCACUGCUCAGAAUGAGCUAGGUUGGUUGCCAGAUCCUCCAGAAUCUGGGUGGAGUGAGACACAGCACAUGAUAAAUGGCACUCCCAUAUACAUGUACCAGGACUGCAGCGUCCUCUCCGAGGGAGACACUGACCACUGGCUUCGCACCAACUGGAUUUUCCGAGGGGACACCUCUUCCAACAUCUUUGUGGAGCUGAAAUUCACCAUUCGCGACUGUAAGAGUUUCAGAGGAGAGGUGGUGAGCUGCAAGGAGACAUUCAACCUCUUCUACAUGGAGUCCGAACACGAUGUUGGAAUCCAGUUCCACCGCCCACUCUUCAACAAGGUUGUGCAGUCUGGGUUGCGGUUGCAUGACUGACAAGGAUAUGAGGAUUUCCCAAGACAUCAAUAACCCUAAUUAAAAGCUA